CUCCCCCCACCUACCUUCCUCCUCCUGAGUUGCUGUCUGGGAUCUGUCCUCACUGAAGGACACCCUCAUUGACUCGCUUUAUGAGGACGCCUUAAUGAAGCGAGACCGCCGCCUGCUGUAGUGUGACCACGGAGAGAGAUUGGCUCACAGAUCAGAGGGAGAGAAACCAGCGAGGAGGAUGUAUGACUGAGAGCGGCGUUACAGGCUACAGGAGGGCUGUCAUUUUUCUUUGUUGAUCUUUUUAUCCAACAAUUCAUUUUUUUUAACCUUUUUUAGAGACUCGAGCGACUCUCAGAUGGAGGACUGAUCAGCUCAAUGUAAGCUGCUUGUGGAGCAUGGGUACAACUGCCAGUGCCGCACCACAGCCUGUUUCCGUAGCACCGCCGCUUGAGAGUGUCCAUGGCAACGGGAUGGCCGACAGCAGGCAGUCUCUGAGCAUGAGCCCCUUUCAGACCGUCAACAUUCACAACAACAAGGCCAAGUCCAUUAUCACCAACAAAGUCGCACCUGUCGUCAUCACGUAUAACUGCAGACAGGAAUUCCAGAUUCACGAUGACAUCCUCAAGACCAACUACAAAGUGGGUCGGAUAUCAGACAGCAUGCCCGAGCACUACCUGGUGCAGGGGGAGUACUUCAUGGUGCAGGAUGUGUACAGCAAGGCAGAUGUCCUAAAUACCACGGGGAGCUAUGGGGCGCCCAACUUCCGGCAAGUCAAGGGAUCGUACCCGCUGUAUGGGAUGGGUCAGCCGAGCCUGAACGGCUUCAAACAGGUCCUCCAGAGGCUCCAAGCGCAGGGACACGAGGAGGUUAUAUUUUUCUGUGUGAGAGAGGAGCCGGUGGUUUUCCUGCACAAGGACGACGACUUUGUGCCGUACACCCCCAGGAGGAAGGAAAACCUGCAUGAGAACCUUCACGGCCUGGGAAAGGAGGAGCUGGUGGAGCGCCUGGAGCUCACCGUCAGGAAGGAGCUCCAUGACUUCGCAAAGCUCAGCGACAACUUCUUCUACGUCUACAACGACAUCGAGUUCUUCAAAGAUGAGCCCCAGAAGAUCACCAUCACAUGUGAGGAGGACAUCCACGUGACAGAGGAGGUCUACAAGAGGCCCAUGUUCACCAUGCCGGCCUACAGGUACUACAGGUUACCACUGCCAACGGAAGGAGCGCCGCUGGAAGAAGAUUUUGACGCGUUUGUUCACAUACUCAGGGAGAGCACCAGCUUGUCUCGGGGACACGAUGCAUCCCGACGGCUGCCCGCUCUGCUCUUCAGCUGCCAGGUUGGAGUCGGACGCACAAACCUCGCCAUGAUCCUGGGCACACUGGUUAUGAACCGUCUGAGGGGGGAUUCACAACCAGAGCUUCAAGCUGAGGAGGCAGCAGCUUCAGAGCCUAAACCACUGUUCCAGGUCAUCCAGACUCUGAUCAACAAGCUGCCUAACGGGCCGCAGGUCAUGGAGGAGGUUGAUCAGGCAAUCGGACUGUGUUCAGAAAUGCACAACAUAAAAGAAGCAAUAUAUGAGAACAAGAGUAAACUGGAAGGGAUUGGAGAAGAUUAUAAAAUUCAGGGAAGCAGUACCAAAGACUACUUUCUCAACAGAACCAUGCAGAGCUUGGAGCGCUAUUUCUACUUGAUUAUAUUUAAUGCAUAUCUACACGAACAGUAUCCUCUUUCCUUCAUGUCCAACUUCAGCCAGUGGAUGUGCUGCAAUGCAUGGCUGUACAGGUUACUGGCCUGCAUGAAUGUAUCAGAGCUGUCAGCCCCGGCAGAGCUGGUCACCAGAGGAGCUCGGGUCCUGGUUGCUGAUGAGCGUUUGGCUCCCGACUUGCUCAGCACAGUGAAGGAGAUGAAGGCGGUCAAUUUCAGACGAGUGCCUAAAAUGCCUGUGUAUGGAGUGGCUCAGCCAACAUCAGAGGCUACCGGAGCAGUUUUGGCUCAUCUGACGGAUGAGAAAAGGAAGCACAGCCAUGUGUUGUGGGUCAACCUGCAGGAGGAGCUGGUGCUAGAAGCGAACGGGCAGAUUUUCACACCAAGGGAGCCUUCAUGUCUUGACCAGCCCAUUGACGUCCAAUCAUCUGCUCCACAAAUAAUUGAGAAACUGGAGACGUCUUUGAAGGAGGAGGUCCUGCGGGCUCAGAAGUGGCUUGAGGUGACGUUGGAGCAGGAGAAACAGAUGAAGAUGUUCAAAAGCUGCCUGACUGUCCAGGAGAUCUUUAACCAGCACAAAAGCUCACACCAAGGCCUCGACUACAAAAGAAUCCCUCUGCUGGACUGCAGCGCACCUAGGGAGGAGGAUUUUGAUAAGCUGUUGGAGGCCAUGAAGAGCUCCUUGGCUGAGGACUCUCACUCUGCCUUCGUUUUUAACUGCUCUAACGGCAAAGGCAGGACCACAACCGGCAUGGUUAUCGCUGUUCUGACUCUCUGGCACUUCAAUGGAUUCCCGGAGUUUGCUGAUGACGAGAUUGUGAGUGUUCCCGAUGCCAAGUACACAAAAGGGGAAUUUGAGGUCGUCAUGCAGAUAGUGCGGCUGCUCCCCGACGGCCACAGGAUGAAGAGAGAGGUGGAUAUGGCCCUGGACUCCGUCAGCGAGACCAUGACCCCCAUGCACUACCAUGUGAGGGAGAUCAUCAUCAGCACGUACAGACAGAUCAAAAGUGGUAAGACGGAGAAGGAACAGCAGCUGCUGUUAAGGAGCCUGCAGUACCUGGAGCGCUACAUUUAUCUCAUCCUCUUCAACACAUACCUGCAUCUAGAGAAGAAAGACUCGUGGCAGCGCUCCUUCUCUCACUGGAUGGAACAGGUGGCUGCCAGAGCCGGAGUUUAUGACAUCCUCAACCAGCUGGGCUUCUCCGAGUUCGAAAACCCGAGGGACACGCCGCUGGCCAGGCUGCGUUACCGCUGGCAACAGAGAAACAUUCAGUCACUUCCUUUCCGUGGGGAGUUCAUCUGAGAGGGGAUCACUGUGAACAAACCAGGACAGUUCUGUGCUAGUCAGAAUGAAAGUUGUUAUGCCUUCUUUAUAUAAUGCAUGUCUUUACCUAAACAUUUUUUUUUUUCAAUCUUACUGCAAUGUUAACAUUCACUGUUUUUAUGCUGAUUUAAGCAGAAUAAUACUUGUAUAUUUAGAAGUUCAUAUUUGUGCCUUUGCCUUGUUUCUGCUAGAACAUAGAAUUUCAUUGAACUAAUAUUUGUAACAUUAUUAUUCUUUUCAAAUCAAGCUUCAAGGAGACACUUUUAAACUUCUGUUGGGACAAGACCAGAGUUAAAUAUUGUUAUGGAGGAGAGAAAUUCCACUGUGUUGCCAGCCAACAAUUUUGGCUGCAUGUCACAACUGUUUGCUGUUGUGCGACCUGAUAUUUUUUCCUGAGCCCUGUCCUUUUCUCCUCAGCACACAGCUGUCAUCAGUGGCUGUGCAUUUUGCUUUCUGUUUUGAAGAGGCUUCCCUGUGUACAUAUGAAGGCUGUUGUUAUUUAAAUGUUAAUGCUACCUUUUGGUUUUUAAAGCUCACGUUGGUGGAUGUUUUUGAGGAAUGUUGCACAAAAGGCUCGAACAUAUCUCUCAGUGUAACUCCAGAAAUCUUUCCAUCCGUUGUACCUGCUUGUUUUAACGUUAAUUUUUGUUUAUCAUGAUACAGGUACUAACAGUAAAGCAUGUCAGUAUUAGAUUUUUUGUUUGUUGCAUUUUUUUGAUUUUACCUUAGAGCUAUAAAUGUGUCCGUGUAUUUUUGUUUUAUAAACAAAAAUUGCAAUCGUAACACUUUUCUUAUGUGAUGUUGACGGACCAGAUAUGUGAUCGUUUUUAUUCCGCGGCAUUCUUCCAUGCCAAAACCUGGAGCCUACAUUACCCACAAGGCAACUUGGCUAUAAACUGUGGUUGGGGCUUAUGCCAGAAACGGCCAAUGUAGCCCACAGUUGCUAGCCUUAACUAGAGAUGAAGAGUGGCUAACUCUCCAAAGUUGUGUUUAGCUCACACAGCAACCUCCAGACAAAUGAAGCUAAGUACAAAAAACCUGCAGUUCCUUGAUUGUCCACUUGAGGCAAGCUUUAAAUUCCCCAGAAGUUACAUACAGACCUAUUACUAAAACGCCCAUUUCUACAGCAGAAACUGAAUUUGGUGUCAUUAGCUCAUUUCUAUAUCAGCACACACUACUGUUUUGUUUUAUUUUUUUAUUAUAACUCAUCGGUUGUGAUUGGAUGAAGGAUAUGAGGGUGUGGCUGAUCUGGCUGAUGGAAGGGCAAGUUGUAGCUGUAUCUCAGGUGGUGUAAGGCCCAUCUCAGCUUGAGCUCUUUGCCAGUUAACAAGUCGUCCCAAAGAAAGUUUGAGACAGCAUUUCCAAUAUGGCGACCGCCAUCGAUAGACUUUGAAAGUCUGCUUCAAAAACUAAUGGGUGAAGUCACUGGGACAGUUUACGGCUGUGGCGAUGAAUCAGAUUCCACUCAGCUACCUAUAAAAGACUUCCUACAACGAUUUCACACGUCCGCUCAUACUCCUCCACACUUUGACGUGUGACGUACAGUAGAAGGAGUUCCUCUUCAGUUAUCUCGGCUCUCGCAGACUCCACUACCACUGGCAGGAUGCAGUUAUGGCGCACAGCCAGGCCUGCAAAUACUUUGUGCAAGUGGGGUUAUAAUCACUCUUGACUAAUUGACAGGGCAUACGUACGCUUUAACACAUCUUAUUCAUGCUGGUGGAAUAAUUGGAGGGAAUCAAAAAGCUGCGUGAUUGAUUCCUUAGAUCAAUAAUUAAUUAAUUCCAUUGUUAGCCAAACGGAGCAACAUUUACGCAUUUGUUAUUGUCCAACACAUUCCUCUCAUUGUUAAGAAAUUCUACAUGUCUGGAAUGAUUUUAACUGUACAGUGUUUCCUUUUCAACACAUUUUUUUGUUUUUACUUUUUAAUUUGCUAAUAAUUUGUUUAGUUGUAGUGUAACUUUAAACUGCAAAUGUGCUUUCAAAAUCAUAAUUCCUGCCUUAAGCCCACAAAUCCAGAAGAGAAGACAUCCUUCCUUUUAGAUGUCACAUCGGCCUUGAAAACCUGCUCUGUAUAUAAUUAAUGAAAUCGAAGUCCAAGAGAAUUACUCUAAAACUCUGAUUUUUAUGACUUAAAACUCGGCAACAUACACGCGCAGAAUGUAACACUGUGAUGUGUUUGCUAUAUUUUCCCUUUACUCACUUUAUAUACCAUUCUUGUACUAUUUUGUUGGGGGGGGGGGGGGCUUAAAUAAAAGAUUUCAGAGUCCA